AUGGCCGAGUACCGCUGGCGGCAGGACGUUGUUAAUACCAUCGAUAACGAGUGCAGGUUGCUCUUGCGCCAGGAUAUCCACAGCCACAUGGACAAAAACCGGCGGUCUCUCGUCAUUUCCGGUGCACUCCUGAUACUCGUCGUCCAUGUCAUGUUGCCCAAGGGCAGUCUCGACACUGUCCGGUUCUACCAUAACCGACUACUACAGUCGCUAGCGAAGGGCAUCGGUCGAAUGUCGGCGAAAUAG